GGAGAGGAGUGCCCCUAGCCUUUCCUUGCUUUCCACUGAAAUCUCCUAUCUGCAGCCAUGCAGUUGCUCAAUCCUGGCCUCAGAUGAAGCCCAACCAUUCAUUGGUAUAUAAGUCGCUACAACCUUUGCAAUUUCCCACUACUUCAGAACAUCGUCGAAGAAGCUCUGUGCUACCGGAGAAGGUGUUCGUCGUCGUGCAUAAUUAUACAUUCCGCAGACCUGUAAGCUCUGUGAGUUUGGUUGGAGCUCCCAGGUUCUGCAUUGCGUUGAGAUGGGGAGGCAUUCUUGCUGCUACAAGCAGAAGCUGAGAAAGGGGCUCUGGUCCCCUGAGGAGGAUGAGAAACUCAUGAAUCACAUAACAAAGCAUGGCCAUGGCUGCUGGAGCUCUGUUCCCAAACUCGCUGGGCUUCAAAGGUGCGGAAAGAGUUGUAGGCUGAGGUGGAUAAACUAUCUGAGGCCAGACCUCAAGAGAGGGGCAUUCGCCCAAGACGAAGAAGACCUCAUCAUCGAGCUGCACGCUGUCCUCGGGAACAGGUGGUCUCAAAUUGCAGCGCAGCUGCCAGGGAGGACUGAUAAUGAGAUCAAGAAUCUAUGGAACUCGUGCAUCAAGAAGAAGCUGAGGCAGAAAGGCAUUGAUCCCAACACCCACAAGCCACUUACUGAGGCUGAUCGCGGCGGUGCAGCUCCCACCAUCAGCACCGAGAGAACCUCAGGGUCCAGCGACGUCAACCCAUCAAGCACUGGUCCUCUGGGGAACUUGAGCCCCCUCCUCAGCGAGACGGCUCAAUCAUCAAUGCUGAUGCCCGUGUACGACAAGAAUCGUGCUGAAACACCAAACUUGGCACGCCCUAAGCUGCCACCAAAGGAGCUGUUCCUGGAGCAGCUUACUGCUGGACAUGAGAGUCCAUCAACCUGCCACUCAUCAGGCCAAACUCUCUAUUUCCCUUUCCAACAGCCUUUAGGCUACAACAGUGAGAGUGGCAGCAGCGAUGGGGCGAAUAUGAAUUCACUCUGGUUCAACCAGAGUGACUUCAACUGCAGCACAAUUUCUACAGUGAUGCCGCCAGUUUCACCAUCGGCCCUCUCUACAUCAAUGGGGCUGAAUCUUCCACCUGAUAAUCCUCGACAUGGAGGAACUGGCAUUGGAAGUACCGCAGUAGAUUCAUUCUACUGGGAUGGUACUAAUCCUAGCAGCAGUAGCAGUACUGGGAGCAGAGGGAGCAACAGUAUGGGAUUUGAACCACAGAGCACGAGCACAAUUCUGGAGAACAGUGUCUUCCCAUGGACAGACAUUGGACAAGAAAAAGAUACAAGGGCUCACCUAGUUGCGGAACUUAAGUGGCCUGACUCCUUUGCCGAGACGACCACAGCCAUGCAGAACCAGAGCCAAACGCUUUAUGAUGAUGUGAUCAAGGCAGAGAGCCAAUUCAACAUAGAAGGGAUAUGUGCUUCUUGGUUCCAGAAUCAGCAGCCACAGCAACAGCUGCAGGUAGCACCAGACAUGUAUGACAAGGACUUGCAAAGAAUGCAACUAUCUUUUGAGAAUAUCUAGGCAUUAUGUUCCACCACAUGGAAGAGAGCAGAUCAGAAGAAGCAGAAACUCGUAAUUUUCAGAGAUUCGUGGGCAGAAUUAUGCUGAAUUGCUCACAUAGAUACGUUAAGUUGAUACAGAAAUCAUCCUCCACAGCUGUUCCUCAGUUGAAGAGCUGGCAAUAUCAAGGAAUGGACAGCCCUGGCAUUGGAAGUUGCAGCAGGAUGCAUAGGAAAGUAUGUUCUAGAGUCUCCUUUCCUUUCUCUUGAAAAUUGAUGUUUUCCUUCUGUACACGACUGAACUUUUGCAU